UUCUCCCGUAUAUUUGAGACCGCAACAUAUCGGAGUGUUACUCACGGUCAGUUCUCUGCCGACCGUGAGAAGGCGCGCAUCUCAAGUCUUCGUGUUAUCGAGUUGUUGUUCAGAUAUCAAGAAAGACGCCAGUAUAAGAAGCUAAUUAUGCUGUGUUUCUGCAGCGUGGCGACAAUCGCCAUUCUUUACAUUUUAUUCGAUGUGAACUACUUCUUGAGAAUUAUCGGCACCGUCAUGUGGGGUAGACUCUUCGAGAAGAAGAAAAAACUCUUUGACAAGACAACAAUUUAUGGUAUCUGUACCACGCAGGAUGUCGACCUGGUUUUGAAACACAUGAAUAAUGCAAGGUAUCUGCGCGAGUUGGAUUUUGCGCGUUUUCAUUUUUAUGAUAGAUCGGGAAUUUAUGCAGCAAUUGUAAAAAGAAAUGGUAGUGCAGUUCAAGGUGCAUCCACCAUACGAUAUCGCCGUGCGGUUCCUAUGUUUAUGCCAUACAAGAUUACAACAAAGCUCAUUUACUGGGAAGAUAAGCACUUUUACGUAGAGCAACAAUUUAUCAGUCUCACGGAUAAUUUUGUUCGUGCUGCUGUAUUAAGUAGACAAACUGUAACCGGAUUGAAAGUGCCAGUAUCGGAUGUAAUUGCCGACAUCGAGCCGGAAACACGUAGACCAGAGCCCACCAAAGAACUUCAACUAUGGCUGGAAUCUAUGGAAGAGUCAUCUAAAAAUCUGAGAAAAGAUGAAUGAGAAAAGAUAUAUAGUUUAAAUAAUUUUCACAAUAUAUUGUUUAUUUUCUUGUUAGAAAGCUUUUGUAUUUCGGUUUGUUCUUCGGUUCUUGUUACGUUGUUAAAUAUAUAUAGUCUUAUAAAAUGUAUCUGGUAUAUUGUAUCAUCUUAAAUAGAUUAUCUUUUUAUAUUGUGAUA